UCAGCGGUGGCGACCAAACGGGUGCUGGAGUUGGCGGCGGCCAUGGAGAGCCUGGCUGGCUAUGUGUACAAGGCGGCCAGCGAGGGCAAAGUGCUGACUCUGGCCGCCUUGCUCCUCAACCGAUCUGAGAGCGACAUCCGCUAUCUGCUGGGCUACGUGAGCCAGCAGGGAGGGCAGCGCUCCACGCCGCUCAUCAUCGCCGCCCGCAACGGGCACGCCAAGGUGGUGCGCUUGCUGCUGGAACAUUACCGGGUGCAGACUCAGCAGACCGGCACCGUCCGCUUCGACGGGUAUGUCAUUGAUGGUGCCACUGCUCUCUGGUGUGCAGCAGGCGCAGGACAUUUUGAAGUGGUUAAGCUUCUGGUCAGCCAUGGAGCCAACGUGAACCAUACCACAGUGACUAACUCCACCCCCCUGCGGGCAGCAUGCUUCGAUGGCAGACUAGACAUCGUGAAAUACUUGGUUGAAAAUAAUGCCAACAUCAGCAUUGCCAACAAGUACGACAACACCUGCCUGAUGAUCGCAGCGUAUAAGGGACACACUGACGUGGUCAGGUACCUCUUGGAGCAGCGUGCUGAUCCCAAUGCUAAAGCGCACUGUGGCGCCACGGCUUUGCACUUUGCGGCUGAAGCUGGGCACAUAGACAUCGUGAAAGAGCUGAUAAAAUGGCGCGCUGCUAUUGUAGUGAAUGGCCAUGGGAUGACGCCAUUGAAAGUAGCUGCCGAAAGCUGUAAAGCCGAUGUCGUUGAGCUGUUACUCUCUCACGCUGAUUGUGACCGAAGAAGUCGGAUUGAAGCUCUAGAACUCUUGGGCGCCUCCUUUGCAAAUGACCGUGAGAACUAUGACAUCAUGAAGACGUACCACUAUUUAUAUUUAGCCAUGCUGGAGAGGUUUCAAGAUGGCGAUAACGUUCUUGAAAAAGAGGUUCUGCCCCCUAUUCAUGCUUACGGGAAUAGAACUGAAUGUAGAAAUCCUCAGGAACUGGAGUCCAUUCGGCAAGACAGAGAUGCUCUUCACAUGGAAGGCCUUAUUGUUCGCGAGCGGAUUUUAGGUGCUGACAAUAUCGAUGUUUCCCACCCCAUCAUUUAUAGGGGGGCUGUUUAUGCGGAUAACAUGGAAUUCGAACAGUGUAUCAAGCUGUGGCUUCACGCCCUGCACCUCAGGCAGAAAGGGAACAGGAACACCCACAAGGAUCUGCUUCGAUUUGCUCAAGUUUUCUCACAGAUGAUACAUUUGAAUGAGACCGUGAAGGCACCGGACAUAGAGUGCGUUUUGAGGUGCAGCGUUUUGGAAAUAGAACAGAGUAUGAACAGAGUGAAAAAUAUCCCAGAUGCUGACGUCCACAGUGCCAUGGAUAACUACGAAUGUAAUCUCUAUACCUUUCUGUAUUUAGUGUGCAUCUCCACCAAAACACAGUGCAGCGAAGAAGACCAGUGCAGAAUCAACAAGCAGAUCUACAACCUGAUUCACCUCGAUCCUAGAACGCGGGAAGGUUUCACCUUGCUGCAUCUCGCUGUCAACUCCAAUACCCCCGUGGAUGAUUUCCACACCAAUGACGUCUGCAGCUUCCCAAAUGCGCUGGUCACCAAGCUCCUGUUGGACUGCGGUGCUGAGGUGAAUGCCGUGGACAAUGAGGGCAACAGCGCCCUUCACAUCAUCGUCCAGUACAACAGGCCCAUCAGUGACUUUCUGACUUUGCACUCCAUCAUCAUCAGCCUGGUGGAAGCUGGCGCUCACACCGACAUGACAAAUAAACAGAAUAAGACUCCACUAGACAAAAGUACAACCGGGGUGUCGGAAAUACUACUUAAAACUCAGAUGAAGAUGAGUCUCAAGUGCCUGGCUGCCCGAGCAGUUCGGGCUAAUGACAUUAACUACCAAGACCAGAUCCCCAGAACUCUCGAAGAGUUCGUUGGAUUUCACUAAGUGACUGGUUAUGUAAAAUCGUUUAAUGUGGUGCUAAAAAGUAAAGGACUUUAAUCACAGACAAUAGAAUGAUGUGUUCAUAAAUUCUGCUUUCUUUUCCACUCCCCUUCCUCCCAGCCUGUCCUUCCUGGGUUCUGUAUUUGGUCUUCUUGCCUCAUGUGGUAAUUGAUUUCAAACACACUUUAAACAAAGUCACAUUGUUUAGGUGGAACUAUAAUUGAAGGUGUUUGGAUAUUGGUCACUUAACCAUUUGUCUUUUUUUAUUUUUAAGGAAUGAAUAUAAAAUAUUUUGUGUAUGUAACAAGGGACAUUUAUGAUUUCGACUUGAUAAUGUUUUAAACAGCUGCCUACAAAAGUGUGUCUGAAGCCUGUGUUGGCAUGUUAUCCACGCAGCAGUUGGGAGGAUUUUCCGAAGAGGAAGAACUGAGGAGUGCUGGAAGUCAUGGGCUGUGCGGGGGUUCUGCACGUGCUGGACUGCUGUGGGGUGCUCUCCCAUUUACGUGGGGUGGUAGCAACACAUCGUAACACCGGGAGGGUUAUAAACACAGCACAGGUUAAUCUGAAAUGUGUUCUUUUAACUCUAGUUGCAGAACUAUGACAUUAAAUCCAUUGGCAAUUUUUACGUUAAACUGAGUGGUAUGUACAAAUUCGUAAUACUUUUAAACCAACUUUUCAGAGAAUAUUGAUAGACUGCCUUUAGGCUUGCGUUCUUUGAAAUCUCUUGUUUCAAUGUGAUUUAAAUUGCAGCAGUCUACAUUUGAUUCAGCCCACAGAUAUGUAAAAAUUAUGAAUGCUGUGCUUUCUUACGAAACACAAAUUGUCAUGUGUAGUUACACAUUCUGUUUUUGUCUCUUCUCCCUUCCCUCCUGUGUGGUGUCUUUUAAAAUUUGGAAGCUACUUUUCCAGAGGGCAUUGUUUGUGCCUCCCCGGUAAGGUGUUUAUGGCCGAUGUAAAGGAACCAGAAUAUUUUGGAAUUUUUUCACGUUCUUUGCCUAUGACAGGAAUUAGAAAAAAACUAAUGUGGAAUAGGAAAUUGAUGAAGUAAUUCUCAAUGCCACUUUGAAAGGUAUUUCUGUCUGAGAGCUGCAGAUUUUUCAUCCACAAAAUGUCACUUAUUCCAACAGGCUGUACAGAGGUCUUUAUAGUUCUGUUUUGUUUUAAUGGCAACAUUUUAACUGUCAAACUAAAAGUGUUCUGUGAUUAUCUUUUAAGCAUCACAGAUAAUCAAGUAAAGGGGUACAGACCUAUUUGUAUCGACGUUAAAAAUGAUAAUGAAAGUAAAAUUAUCUGUAAUUUUCUCUCUCGUGCCAAAUGAAUGCCUUAGCUACUCAUAGUGCAUGGUACUGUAAGUGAAGACCUGCAGUUUUUUCUUUUUUUCCUAAUGAAAAGCAUUAUAUGACAUAGCAAACAUCAGAUAUAAACUUAAAAAAAAACCUAUAAGGUUCCAGUUGACAUGUUAUGUAUGGUUAUUGCUUUGUAAAAUAAAAGAAAGUAUAGUUGGAUCAGUGUAAAACAAUGACCAAGCCAAAACCAGCACCUAGGGCCUUAAAUCAAACAGAUCCACUCUGCAAAAUGAAAUACUCGGAAGGGUUGGAGGGGCAGAAAGGAAGUGGAACUUUAAAAAUUCACUCCCCCAAGGAUGCAGGGUACUUUUACAGCUGCUGUCGCUCUACUGUGUGUUGUCUUGCCUCAAUUAGGGAUAUUUCACUGGUAAUUGUAAUAGAUUUCUGUUUUUCCUAACCUGAGAUUUUACAAGGUUGGUUUUUAGGAUGGCUUAAAGGAAGGUGUAUGAAUAAGCCCUAAUUUGAAAAUGACCAGUUUUGAUCCUCCUCCUAUUCAUGAAAAUACUGUACCUUGCUCUUGGCAGCUCUCAGAGGCCUGAAAGAGAAAAUGCACUCCUCAAGGUGAGUGAAUCACGCCUCUUCCACAGCUCAGAUUAUGCUGUUUUUCAGCCUGCUGGACAAUAGGGUUCCUGGACAGUCCAAGGAGUAGUUACGAUACUUGGCAUUAGUUGGCUCCAUUAUUGUAUAUGAUUUUUAAAUACCAAAAUUUAAAGUAUCAGAUGAUGUUGCAUGUUUUCGAAAUAUGUUUCACCCCUUUGCUACCCAGGACCAGGACUGUUUAAGACCUUUCAUAUUUAUAAAAUGAGGAUAAUGAUUAUAUGUACGUAUUUGGACAUCGCAAUGUAUUCACAGUAUUUUUGAGAAGGGAAGAUUGAUUGCUGGAGAAAGCAAAGCUGUGCUGAUUGAAAUGCUGACCAAGUAGGAGAGGGAACGUGACCACAGCGGGGUAAAGUGUGCGCCGUGCUGAUGGUAACGAGAGUUUUAAGCUGUAGUACAGUAGUAUGUUGUGUACUGUCUUGCGGGGGUCUAACACUGUCCUGUAAGCUCAAUCCAAAUAUGUAUUGUGAAACACCUGUAUAAACCAUUCUUGAAACAAGUGAUCGACAUGCCUGUGUUUUCCAUUUGUUUUUGGUGGAAUUAUUUAAAAAUACAUUUAACCAAACCCUUCCCAAACUUAAUUUUCCUUAAAAAAGAAACAUAAAUAGGUAAGAAAGGUGAUCAUUCUGUAUGUAUCUCCGCUGUCUGAGAACUCCACACUGCCUCCAUUUAACAAUCACUUUGUCACUUGAUGUUUCUUAUGGUAGGAUGAUGCUUUGAAUUGUAACUUCCUUGACAGCAUACCAGAUUAUAAACCUCUGUCCUGCUCCAUAAUUGUCAUGUAAAUCUGGAUGAGCCAGGAGCCCAGGUGGGUGCUUUCAUUUGCAAAUCACAUGAACCUUCCCUGGGUUUUAUGCUUUUAAUAGAGUUGGUGAAAUGGAACUCUUGGGUUUGGGUAACUGUUUAACUCAAGGAAUGGACAGCAGACCCAGCCCCUCAGUUGUUGACGAAGGGGGAGCAUUUGUAUAUGAGAACUGACUGACAUAGGCCACAGCCCAGCUACCAUAAAGUUCUUUGCUGUGGAAACUUUAAGUAAACAGACACCAAAAAGUAAAUCAUCUGCAAACUUUGGUCUUGCUUGUUUCUGAGAAGGGUUUUAAUUAUACCGAGUGUCGGUUAAUAAUUGGUAACUAAAUUCUUACAGAAUUUGGGUAUGGUAGUAUUGUUUGGAGUUAAAAACCCCCCUAAAUACCAACUCUGUUUGACUAGUGUUUUUGAAAAUUUAAGUCUCAAGGGAGCAACACCCUCUCCUGCAGUUGAGGCAGCUACCUGACUAGCAAGACCAUCUGGGAUUACUCAAGCAGAAGCAUUUCUUACUUUGGGGUGGGAUUGGGAGAGGAGUGAAUUGCCGGACCUUGGAUUAUAGUUGGCCGCUUGAGAAGCAACUAGUGAUGAAACUAGAGUAGGCGGAUUACAUCUAAAGGAUUUGUUCUUAUGGCAGAUUUUCUGUAAAAAUUUUCAAUAUUCUUUUUCAGGCUAGCCAGGUGUGUCAGUUCACAGGUGACCUGUCUUUCUCACUGGCUACACUGUAAUGUUAAAAGGGGUUAAAGAAAACAAAACUCUAAUAAAAGUUUGUCAUCCAGAAGAUUUUAAGCCACGUGUUCGUUCCUACUCUGAAAUCGCACAGCCUUGUUCUGGAUGUUGACUCUCAAAAGUAGAAAGCUCCUAGUUACAUGUCACACUGGGCUUCCUUGCAGAUUUCUGGCAGACUUGCCCAAAUCUUGAGAUGGGCUGGGCUAUCCAUCCCCUCCCUCAAAUGUAAGAGCUGAAAUAAGUACUACACUAAUAGCGGUGAUGUAUUAGUUUUAGAACUGUGAAGUAAAUGUCUCGAGUCCGAGGUUUGUGGUGUGUACUUGAGUGUCCAUGUGUAGGGAGGGACAGCGACCUGAUGGUUAUGGAGUGUGUCUCGAGGUGUGCUGGGGGAGUGUGGCUAAACUGUCAGCAGCUUUUCAUUUAGGGGUGAGUCACGCGAUGCACAGCCUGAUCCGGAGACGUGGAGGAGCAAGGGACCAGCUUGCCACAUGAUGCGGUGAGCAGGGUUUUGUGUCUGGCUUGUGUUGGGUCCUGUGGAGUCAGUGCAUGGCCUUUUUGCUGUCACUUAGUAAUUGGUAGAAGAGAAGAUAAGGGAGAAAACUUGAGCUUUACCAACCAGUCGCUUCAGAGGUACGUAGCUGGGGAGUAAAAUCGGAUUGGCCCAGCCUGCUGAAAGAUCCUGUCCUUUCUAACCUCCACCCUGUCCUGCAGUCCAGGUAAAGGAGCGGCACCGUCGUGUCUGUAGCUCACUGUGACAUAACGAGCCAGUGAUGUCAUUCUGUUGUGCACUUUUGUCAGACGUUGGUGUGACUUUAAUAAAAGUACACUUGCUGACCGCACCAGAGGGCUCUUUGUGAUUGACACAUGGCAUGCCACUUUCUGUUUGCGUUUGACGCGUGGAAUCCUUUUAAAUUUCACGGUAAUUGACAGUCCUAAUAGCUCAGCUAAUUUGAAACUAACAAUCUUGCUGUACAAAAGGAACAAAUGGUGUUUGUGUUUAGUAAAUGUUUGAAAAAAUGA